AUGAAACCGUUACUCAUUUAUCAUUCUGAAAGUCCCAGGGCAUUGAAAGGGAUUUCUAAACAAACAAUGCCCGUGAUUUGGAUGACGAACCGCAAAGCGUGGAUGACUGCAAUUUUAUUUAAAAAGUGGUAUCAAGAGCAUUUCCGUCCUGCCGUAAAAUCGUAUUGCGAAAGAAAUGGAUUAGAACAAAAAGCAUUGUUGAUUCUUGAUAACGCACCUGGACACCCUCAAAAUUUAUCAGAAGUUCAAACUUGUUUGCCUGUUGAAAUUAUUUUUACACCUCCAAAUACCACAUCAAUUUUACAGCUGAUGGACCACGGAGUGAUUGCAACUUUCAAGGCUUAUUAUAUUCGAAAAACUUUUAAGCAACUAAUUGAAGCUGUUGACAAUAAUGAAUGUUCCAUCAAAGAAUUUUGGGAGAACUAUAACAUCAAGAAAGCCAUAGAAAAUAUCGGUUCAUCAAGGGGUGAAAUGCAACAAAGUUGUUUCAAAGGAUGCUGGAAUCGCUUGCUUAUUAAAACGAUUGAAGAUAAAAUAAUUAAUAAGCUACCACAAGUUGUGACAGAAAUAACGGAAAUAGCAAACAAUAUUGGAUUUGAAGAAGUUGAUGAAGAAAACAUUCAGGAACUUAUUGAAAGUGCUGACCAUGGUAUCUCCAAUGAGGAUCUUAUUGAUAGUUUAUUACAAAAUCAACCAAAUAUUGAGGAGCUAACACCAGAAACGGAAGAUGUUACAGAAAAUAUUUUAACGAAAAAAUAUUUGGAAAAUAAUCUAGGAAUAAUCCAAAUUGCUUUAGAAGAUUUAUGUGAAAAUGAUCCCAAUUUUGAAAGUUCUUGUGCUAUAAAACGAGGAGUAAUGAAUACUUUAUCACCCUACAUAGAACUCUUAAAGGAGAAGAGAAAAUUAUCAAAAUCGUAUAUUAUACGAUCUUAUUAUUUUUGGCUUGAAAAAGUACCAAAAAAAGUUGGUAGUUUUAACGCUGUUUCUGUUAACGCUCAACUUCUAGGAACGCAUCAUGAGCGUUAA